CUCGUCAUGACGGUGGCAGGGCGGCGGAGGGCUGCCAACGCCAGGGCACCUCUCCACCAUCCCGCCCACUCUUAACCACCCCCUCUCCACCGAUCCACCAGUUCCUACCCACCCUACAGCGACCUCCGUGACGACUUUCUUCCUUAACGCGGUCACGCCCAUCCACCACACAGCCCUCCCACCAUGUCCAAGAGCAUCCACAGCGAGUCCGCCGUAAAGAACCCUGCCACCGACCUCCCGCCCAAGCGCGACCGCAAGGGCCUGCGCCCCGUCUCCCCGCCCUUCUCCAACAUCUCCCUCUCGCGCUUCAACUACCUCCUCGGCCUCCUCGCCACCGUCAUCGCCGCCUUCUACGUCUGGCGCCUCAUGCAGUGGAAGGCCGAGGUCGGCGGCUGGUGGAACCUCGCCCUCGGCAAGCGUCCGCCCCAGCUCCAGCACCGCGACGCGAGCGGCGCCACCGCACCGUGGGCUGGCGCGCGCGCGAACGCGAACGCGCAUGGGUUUGGGAAGGACGGCGGGAGUGGAGAGGUUGAGAGGAGGAUCGAGGAGCUCGCCGUCGCGCUCGGCAUCCCGAGCAAGGACCUCGCGAACGCGAUCGCGGGUGCGGUGAGAGACCACGUUCCUCCCGCUAGCUUGUCUUCCAUUGCCGCACACGAAACUGGCGAGGCUGUAGGGCACCUGGUCGACCCCUCUGGCGCGUCUGCCUCUGAGGCGCAGAGCGCACCCGGGGCGACAGCGAGCCGAGGCUUCUGGGCGGUGGAGAGUGCCUUUGAGGCUGCAGUGGGCAUGGAUGAGCCUCCGGUAUAGGCUGCUAGAGGGGCCUGAACAGCGAGCAGGAGAGAUCCGCGAACCGAAGCCACACUAAACGUCUUGGACUGAAGUACCAUAGCAUUGUAUACAUACCCGCAACUAGUGUCCAUAAUGCAUCUUGUCUCUUGUUGCACCAGAAUGAGAUCAUGCACUUCCCUAACCUACUAGCAAGUCCGACUACGGUCCGUGUCCUUA